CUGGCACAGCUUCACACUCUUCCUUCAUUCACCAUGCAUCGACACGCUUCCUACCACUAUGCCGCUGCGGCACCCACCACCACCAGAUACUCCGGCACCUCGAGUGCCUUCUCAGCCUCGGCCAAUCCGAACGAGGACUGGACCAAGAUCUCAGAUCUCGCUGAGCGCAGGCGGAUACAGAACCGGAUUGCUCAACGCAACUACCGCAAGAAGCUAAAGAAGAGGCUCGAAGACCUCGAACGCCGAGCUGCGUCCUCGUCUGCGUCACCUGAACAGAAGCCGGCUGAGCUGCAGCCACCGCACCGGUCACCCCGCCAGGAUUUCCCGUCGCCAGCCUCCUCCGACUCUGAGUUCAGCCGUCGGACGCCCGAGGCUCCGGCGCACUACCUGCCCACUCACGAGGAGCACGGCAUGUUCUCCACGCAAAACUACACUCGCCAGCUGUCCACCUCCCCUCCGCCAUUUUCGUACUCGACGUAUCCGGAUCCGGCGCCUGCAUAUACGAACCUGCCCUACACCACCACCCAACCUUACCACUCAAUACCGACCACCAUCACUCCCGAGGUCACCUACGCUCCCUAUCUCCCACCGCUUUCUGCAGCCUACCACACCACGCUGCCCAGCCUCGCUCAGCCUAUGAAGAGCGAAUACUACGAGAACGACAUCAGCCCUUUUGCCAGCGGCUACCAACUCAUGGGCGGUAGCAUCGAGAUGCCUCCUCCCCACGCUUACGCCGAGCAUGGUGCGCAGACCCCGCCACUCUCCGACUCUUUCGAGCCACAGUCGCCCGACUCCACGGUCUAUCCUACAACUCCGAACUCGAUGCCGCGGACUCCACCUCUUCAGCCUGUCCAGCUUGUGUGAAUA